AUGUCGGACAGUGAGGGCCGUUUUUUCAAGACCGUAUACCGCCGUGGUCCAGGAGUACUGCCAUAUGCGUUAGCAAUCGAUUCAUCUCACAGAACAAUUUUCUGGAGCGAUGUUGGCAAGAAGCCAAGUCUAAAUCGUAUGGCGAUCAUCAGUGACGAUAGGGGCGUUGACGUGAUCCUCGACUCAUCACUCGUCCGACCAACUGCUUUGGCCGUCGAUCCUUUCGCCCGUCGACUGUACUGGCUUGAUCAGGCCCUAAAUUAUAUAGGAUUCUGCAACUAUGAUGGUACACAUCGUCACGUGCUUGGACAGAAAAUGGGGCGUGGCUUGCACGGAUUGGACGUGUUUGCCGACUUUGUCUAUUUCUCGGAUUUCUCCAAGGGGACCAUCGAACGCAUCCAUAAAUACACUGGUGGGAAUCGAAGCACAGUCAUUGCUGGGUUGAGUCAUCCGAAAGGCAUCCAGAUUUCGCAUCCGGAAAAAUGGCCGAAAAAGAGUUUGGGUAAUCCAUGUGAAAGUAACAGCACUUGUGUACAGCUCUGUGUGCCGUCGAAUACGAGACAAGGCUACCAAUGUCUUUGUCGGGAUGGCAUGCGCUACGAUGAUGGCGAAUGUGUCCUUCUCUCGCGGCCGUCGACAGGAUCACAUGACAUCGAUUUCGCGACGGUUCGGAAUUUUGCCAUAGCGUUGAUCAUCACCACAGCUUUUGAUUGUGAUUUCUCUUCCACAAAAGUCCGAGCUUACAUUCUUGCCCCGCCUUCGGCACAAAGCUCUUCAUGGGAGACGCAAGGUCAAGAACGCUACCCAUUGAAUAUAGUGAGUGUCGAUGGUGGAAUAGAAAAUCCGGUAUUUGAACCAUGCGAAGACACGCCCAUGGAACCAGAAGUAGAGGACGAGUUAACCGGUUGA